AUGCAGAUUUUGAAGACACUAUACAUCAUCCAGUGCACCACAGUGAUUGUAUCUGAUUCAUUCAGAGCAGAGAUAUUAGAGAAAGAGGAGAGUAUGGAGAAAAAUAUGAGAGUUUUGGAGAUGUUAAGCUUUGAAGACUCUGUGAUGAAGAGGUUGAUUGAGGAGAGGUUGAUUGAGAAGUCAAUGAAGAAAGUUGUGAAGAUGCUGAUGGCCGCAGUGCAAUGA